AUGCUCAGAACUCUGAUUUCCAUGGCAAGUGAAGGAAGUGUUCAGUUUCUUGCCCUUGCAUAUGUGGCAGAUAAUGUUCAAGAGGGCAAACGGGCUGCUGUUUUCGGGAUCAUGUCGGGCUUUGCAUCUUCUUCUUUCGUAUUCGGGAAUUUCUCGGCUCGUCUUCUAUCUACUUCAGCCACAUUUCAAGUUGCUGCUGCGAUUUCGGUUAUUGCGUUGCUCUAUAUGCGAGUGUUUCUUCCAGAGUCCAGUGGCAUUUGCACGAAAACCUCAGAAACUGAUCGUCUUCUGGAAAAAGGUCCCUCGAAAAAGUCGAGUCUUUUCAAGACUCUGCCUUGUGUGAACGAUACCAUUUGCUUGUUGCGGACUAGCCCCACUUUCUCAAAAGCAGCUGUGGUAGCAUUCUUCAUCAAUGUUGCAGAUGUUGGACUCUACGCUUCUUUGAUGGUUCUGAAAGUUUUAUAUUCUAGGAUUCAUGAUGCAAUUAUGUCGUAG